AACAGCAGCGCUGGCACCGGCCUGGACUUUCCUGGCCUCUCCCGGCUGCCCGCAGCCCCGGGGCGGGAUGGAUGGGGCAGCUCCCCGCCGCACCCCGCGGUUACUCCCAGCUCAGGAGGGCUGCGGGCGGCCCCAGCCGGGGGCUGAGGAGGGGAUCCCCAGCAGAGCCGUGGGGCAGCCCCGCACCGGUUCCUGCGCCCACACCUCUGUCCUGUGCAGACACGCAGCGCUGUGCGGCCUCAGGUUCGGCCGCCUGGCGAUCAGCACUGAGUGGGACCCGCAGCGUGCGCCCACCCGCUCCUUCCUCAACCUCGCAGGGUCCUUAACCAACAAACGCAAGGAGUACUCGGAGCGGCGCAUCAUCGGGUACUCCAUGCAAGAGAUGUACGACGUGGUCUCCAACGUGGACGACUACAAAACCUUUGUGCCCUGGUGCAAGAAGUCGGUGGUGGUCUCCAAGCGGACGGGGCACAUCAAGGCCCAGCUGGAGGUGGGAUUCCCGCCCGUCUUGGAGCGCUACACCUCCAUCGUCACCCUCGUCCGCCCGCACCUCGUCAAGGCCGUCUGCACGGAUGGGCGGCUCUUCAACCACCUGGAGACAAACUGGCGUUUCAGCCCCGGCAUCCCCGGUUACCCGCGCACCUGCACCGUGGAUUUCUCGAUCUCCUUCGAGUUCCGUUCCCUGCUGCACUCCCAGUUGGCCACCGUCUUCUUCGACGAGGUUGUCAAGCAGAUGGUGGCGGCCUUUGAGCGCCAGGCAGCCAAGAACUUCGGGCCCGAGACCCGCAUCCCCCGGGAGCUCAUGUUCCACGAGGUGCACCAGACGUGAGGGCAGCGCUGCGGCUGCGGACUGUGCCAGGGUCAGCCCCGCCCCCCUCUUAAAUAUUUAUUUGAGUGCAUCUUUGCUGCCGUUGCCUGGAAUUCCCUCCCAGCCCCGAGGGCACGAAGCGGUGCUCCUGCAGGGGGCUGCUGUGAGCCCCCCCGGCCCAUCGCAGCACGGCAGGAGCCGCGGCCCAGCGCCGGACUCCCUCUAUUUGUUAGUCUGUAUUUUGGU